GGGAGCGCGCGCUGGCGUCGGGAACGCGCGGAGUUCGCAUGACUCUGUUGCGCAAGGAUUGCGCCGAGCUCCGAAACCCUUCAUACAGAGGUGUUGAUGAGUGCUGGACGCUGUACACUGGAACGAGUCCAUGCUGACGCUCAGCUGGUGACUCCCAGUUUUGUGGUAAAGGUGUGGUUGUCAUGGUAAACAUGCUGCCUGCGAUGUCCAUUUAUUUUCCUGGAUCUUUCAUCGUCCUACUCUCCCUCUCCAUUUAUCCACUCCUUACCCAGAAUUCCCUGCUCUCUAACCCUGACCUCAUCCCCUCUCAUGCUCAACAGUGCAGCAGGAAACUGCAUCCUGUUUCAUCCUAUGAAGAUCUCAGUGUGUGGCUCUCAACCUUUUCUAUGCCUGGAGUGAGUGAUUACUCCCAGCUCGCUUUAGACCUCAGCAGGAACCAGCUAAUCGUUGGAGCCAGGAACUACCUGUUCAGACUGAGUUUGGCUAAUGUUUCUCUACUUCAGGGCAUGGAGUGUGGAGUGGAUGAAGACACACGCAGAUCUUGUCGGAGCAAAGGGAAAACAGAGGAUGAGUGUCAGAACUACAUGCGUGUGUUGCUCUUGAGUGGUUCUCGUCUCUUCUCCUGUGGCACUAACGCGUUCUCACCCACCUGCACUGCCCGCUCUGCUUCUGAUCUUGCCCACGUGAUUGAGACGGUGAACGGGGUUGCUCGCUGUCCUUACGACCCCAAACACAACUCCACCGCCAUGGUAACCGAAAGCGGUGAUCUCUAUGCAGCCACAGUCAUUGAUUUUUCUGGCCGUGACCCUGUGAUCUACCGCAGCCUGGGGAACAUGCCUCCUCUCCGCACAGCUCAGUACAACUCCAAAUGGUUGAAUGAGCCUCAGUUUGUCUCAGCGUAUGAGGUAGGUCGCUUCACCUACUUCUUCUUGCGGGAGGUGGCGAUGGAGGAGGAUUGUGGGAAGGCGGUGUUCUCUCGGGUGGCACGGGUGUGUCAGAACGAUGUAGGCGGCAGGUUCCUGCUUGAAGACACCUGGACGACGUUCAUGAAGGCCAGAUUGAACUGCUCACGCUCAGGAGAUGUGCCUUUCUAUUACCAUGAGCUCCACAGUACGUUCUACCUUCCUGAGCAAGACCUCAUCUAUGGCAUCUUCACCACCAACAUUAACAGCAUUGCUGCAUCUGCAGUGUGUGCCUUCAACCUCAGUGCCAUCGCCCAGGCCUUCAACGGUCCAUUCCGCUACCAGGAAAACCCUCGAAUGAGUUGGCUCUCCACCCCGAACCCCAUCCCCAACUUUCAGUGUGGGACAGUAGGUGAUAAUGGCCCUGGUGGGAAUCUAACAGAACGAAGCCUGCAGGAUGCUCAGAGACUCUUUUUGAUGAGUGAAGUUGUGCAGCCUGUAUCUGUUGACCCCCUGAUCAGCCAGGACAAUAUCCGCUUUUCCAAACUUGUUGUGGACAUUGUGCAGGGCCGUGACACACUCUAUCACGUUAUUUACAUCGGGACAGAACAUGGCACUGUUAUCAAGACGCUCUCCUCAUCCAGUCAAAAUCUGCAUGGAUGUUAUCUUGAGGAGAUGAAACUUCUUCCAGCAGAUCAGCAGGAACCAAUCCUUAAUCUGCAGAUUCUGCAGAGUGACAGGUCCCUAUUUGUGAGUUUUAACAGCAGAGUUCUGAAGAUCCCACUGGAGAGAUGCUCCAGUUAUGAAACCCAACGAGAUUGUUUGUAUGCGAGGGAUCCAUAUUGUGGUUGGGACAGGAAACAGAGACGAUGCACUACACUUGAAUCCAGCUCUAACAUGAGCCAGUGGAGCCAAAACAUCACACAGUGUCCUGAGCAAAAUCUUACCCGAGAUGGUGGUUUCAGCACAUGGUCAUCAUGGCAGUCAUGUACUCAUGAUGACGGAGGUGAAUCUUCAAGCACCUGCCUGUGUCGCUCUCGCGUGUGUGAUCACCCGAUCCCUCGAUGUGGGGGGGCUGAGUGCUUGGGACCCAUUAUGGAGGUGACCAACUGCUCAAGAAGUGGAGGUUGGACUCCCUGGUCCUCCUGGGCUCCAUGCAGCACCAGCUGUGGUGUUGGGUUUGAGGUUCGUCAGCGUUCAUGCAGUAACCCCACCCCAAGACAUGGAGGAAGAGUGUGUGUUGGCCAGACACGAGAGGAGCGGUUGUGUAACGAGGACUCUGUGUGUCCUGUGCCUGUGUCUUGGGCUCAAUGGACUUCGUGGUCUACAUGCACAGCCAUGUGUGGCGGCGGAUUCCAGUCCCGGGUCCGAACCUGUGAAAAUGGAAACUCCUGUCCUGGGUGUCCUCAGGAGUACAGAACGUGUAAUUUGGAGGCAUGUCCCGAGGUACGCCGAUACACACCCUGGUCUUCAUGGUACCCGGUGAAUGUGACAGUGGGCGGGGUCAGACAGGAGCAACGAGUGAGACACACUUGUCGAGCUCCACUGGCUGACACACACCUCCUCCAGCUUGGAAAACGCAAAGCAGAGACUCGUCACUGCCCACCUGCCGGUGAAGCGCCGGGGUGUGAGACUGACGAACUGGUACAAGACUUAGUAAGCAUGGCACAACCUUUAACCCCAGUACAGGGGGUCACCUGGUUGCCAUGGGAGACAUGGUCUUCAUGUUCCAAAGAGUGCUCUAGAGGGUUCCGAUCCCGUAAGCGCUUGUGUGUCUCCCCUGGUGGCAAAAGUUCUGUGUUCCUGUGCAGUGGCACACCAGUGGAGUAUCAGGACUGUAACACACAGCCUUGCCCAGUAAAUGGGGCAUGGAGCUGCUGGUCUUCCUGGUCUGAAUGUUCUACUUUCUGUGGAGGCGGGCAUUACCAACGCACUCGCACCUGCUCAAACCCUGCCCCAUCCUACUCAGGGGACAUCUGCAUUGGCCUGCACACUGAGGAGGCUCUGUGCAACAUGCAUGAGUGUGAGGGUGGAUGGGGGGAUUGGUCAGAAUGGACCGAGUGUGAGGAUGGGCUUCAGUACCGCACUCGAGUUUGUGAGAUAAGCCCAAAUUCCUGUAAAGGGAACCACACGGAUCAGAGACUGUGUCCUCCAAAAGAAAGUGCAGUUGGCUCACCAGGAGGAAAGAAAGGUUUAAACUGUGGAGGUUUCUCCCUGUUCCACUUGAUUCUGACAGGGGCUAUCUCCUUCUUGGUAGCGUUGCUGGGAUCCAUUCUCGUUUACAUCUUCUUUCAGAAGGUUUAUAAACCCAUCCAGGAGCCCGCGGUGAUCCAUCCCAACACCCCCAACCAUCUUCAUAACAAACACAACACCAGCACCCCAAAGAAUGAGAAAUAUACUCCUAUGGAGUUUAAGACGCUGAACAAGAACAAUCUGCUGCCCGAUGAAAGCUGUAACUUCUACCCUCCUCCACCACCACAGACGAACGUCUACACUACCACGUACUACGCUCCUCCAUUGGGAAAAUACGACUUUCCAUCUUUAGAUUCACCAUGCAGGAACUACAUGCACAGCUGAACUCUGCCUCACACCUCCUGAACCUUCUGUGUUAUCACAGGUGCUGUGAUGCAGUGUUAGCCAUGAGUCACUGGAGCGUAUGGAUGUUCACAAGUGCUCAUCACAUUCUUGUUUGUAAAACUGGAAGGAAAAGAUAAGUAUAAAUAAAAUGGGUGCUUCACCUUGUUUUUGGACAUUUAGGGUUCAUGUUGAUGAAUAAUGGUUGGUCAAUAAGGUAUGAACACACCAAUACAUGACCAAAAUACCAAUACAUGAUCAACUUGUCCAAAUGCAACUGAACCAAGACACUUUUGGGCUGCAUAGACAGAUCUUUAAGUCUUCCACAAAGACCUUAGGACGGAAAGUUCUGGUAUUCAAUUCAACAUUUUGCUCUCAGCCUGACUUGGGAUUUGGCAUGGUGUUCACCCUAGUCUGUGUUAUUUCUUUUACUUUUGUCCCCUCUGCACCAACAAUUGAUCGGUUGAUGCUUUGACUGUAUGAUCGCAUCACAUCAAAUACAUGGAUUUAUGAAGAUUCUGUGAUGAUAAAAAGCUGUACACUUAUUUGUAAAGAAACUUACAGCUACUUAAUCUAAUACCUACACAAAUGUGAACAUCGCUGGGGUUUAAUGUAGCUUUUAGUGCUAAAGGGAGCCUCAGGAUGGAUGUAGGAUUCACCCUUUAUAAACAAAUACAUUAAUAUUUCACAAUUGUUUUUUUUUUUUUUUCAAAACAAUAUAUAUCUCACUGAAGAUACAGUGCAAAUUAUUGUGGAAUACACAUACAGUAUACACCAAAAAAAUGGGACAUUAUGUGUGUAUAAAAAUGAGUGAGUCUGUAGGGGCAUCUGUAUGAUUGUAACGUCUGUGUAGACUUUUAUUAAAUUAUUGUAUAUACACAGUAGGAGCCCAGAACCAAAUUAAAUUACAUUAAAUGUGUUACAGAAAAGCAAGUGUGUUAUUACAAUUGAACUAAAUACACAUAUUAAUGAGGGGUUUAUCGAUACAACACUGAUACCAUAUUCCCUAGUGCUCUGGUACCUAAAUCUGAUACCACAUGAUAUAUGAAGUAUGGCAAGCAUACAUUGUUGUGCUAAGGAACAGACGAUUCAAAAUAGCAGCGAUUUGGACCAGACUGCAAAUUGACCAGUGCAGCAUUUUCUUCCAACACAAGUGAAACAACUUACACAUAAAACAGAUAAUGUUGGCUUUGAUGCAAUGAAAACAAUGUGAAGGUGGGAACAAAUCCACUGCAAAAUCACUAAUGUAGCUAGCUAUUGCAACUCGUAUAAACAACAUGCUAAUGUUAAAAGGAAUGGUUUAUAGUAGCCUAAAGUGCAUAAAUACAUGAGCCAAUAUUUCUAACAGGGAAAGAGGAUCAGGGUUAAAUAAAAUGCUUUGUAAUGUCCCUGACUAUGCUAGUAUUGUUUUGUGGUAACAGCAUCAGUAUCUGUAUCCACGUGUACAUGUGCUCAGAUUCAGUCAGAGAUUCUUUCUAUAUUCCACUUUCCUCAUAGCUCUGAGACCAGCGAAGCCUGGAGCUUCAUACGCCAUGUUGUAUAAACUGAGCUGUGUGGAUGAUUUUAUUGAGGUGAGAGACUAUGAGUUACACUGAUAUCAUUUUAGAAAUAUUUCAGAUCAAAUUAAAUGCUUUCCCUUUGAAAUUCACUUUUGGGAAAAUUUUACUCAAACUGCCAGCUUGUAAUGUCAUAAUGGAUGUUACAACAGCUGACCAAUGAGCUACUUUGCUUAAAUCCACACUAGGUGGAGCUACCCACUCAUUAGGAUCUUCACACAUAAUCUUUAUAAACACUUGCUUACUGUACAGUCCUUACUUGCUGACUUCCUUUUCUAUUUCUUUCUUCUAUAUUUACAUUCUUUCUUUCUUUCUUUCUUUCUUUUUGGCUUUCUGCCUAUUUUCUUUAUCAUUCUUUUUUUUUAAAAACUUUUUUCUUUGUUCAUUUCCUUCCUUUUACUUUCUUUAUUUUUACCCUUUUCCUUUACCUUUUUUCUUUCUACACAACUUCCUUCUAUCUGAACACGUGAUUUGCCAUAUCAAAUAGUCACCUCCAUUCUAUAUUUAAAGCAGCCUUGCUCCUGAUGCUGACUUGAUGUUCACCGAACACACAUCAAAGAAACAUAACUUGAGCUAAUAGUUAUGAAAGGGCAGAAAAAUGUUCCCAUCCAAAAGGAAGUCAAACAUGCUACAUGCGCUAUUGCAUUUCGCUCUCCGAGACUGCAUUGGUCGUUUGAGCUUCCUUAUGCAAUUCCAGCUCUGCAUCACACCGUCACUGCCUUUUUGCACACUGUGAACUUUUGCUAUGUUCUAUUUUUGUAUGCUGUACAUCAUAUUCAAUAAACUUUAAGUAAACCUUA